AUGAUCCUUCAGACGGGUGUUCGGUAUGCGUGCUCGUUGCCCACGACCAACUAUAGGAUCCGGUGUGGGUGCUGCCUCGUUGGCAGUGGUUGGUGCCUCGUCGGGUAGAUGGUCCGUCAGUGCAGUACUGGUGCUGCCUCCAGUGCUGGCAGCGCUGGACGACGUCAUGUCGCCCGCUGCUACGGGUGCGGUGUCUUCGGUUGCUGGAAGGGGCUCCGACGCUGGGUUGUCGGUGGCGGCGUCAAAGACCGUAGGUGCUGCAGCACCAGGUCGUCUUGGGGGCCGUCGGCGGCGGAAUACCGGCGGGGACGCAUUUCAAGAACUCGCCGUGGAGGAGCACUUUGAGCGAUGGAUGGUUUUUCACAAAAGGUUCUAUGCAGACGAAUCCGAGAGAGAAAAACGGUUCAACAUUUUCAAGAGAAACAAAGAGUACGUUGAGUCUUUCAACAGAGCUGGAAAUCGCACCUUCACACUUGGCAUCAAUGCGUUUUCCGACAUGACCGACCGGGAGUUCAUCGACGCCUACCUCAACGGAAACUAUACCGAACCGCCGCGACUACGCCACCCCCUACGUCACCCUAUGUCUCAUGAGCAUUCAUGGAAACCAUAUAGUGGGCUCUUCCAUAAUGUGAGUUUGGACACUCUUCCCGCCGCGGUAGAUUGGGUGAAGCAAGGGGCUGUCACUGGCGUGAAAGACCAAGGAGAAUGUGGCAGUUGUUGGGCGUUUUCGGCAGUAGCAUCCCUGGAAGGGCUGAACAAAAUCCAUUCCGGGACGCUUUUGCCCUUGUCAGAGCAACAACUCGUGGACUGCGACGCUAAGUCGAACGGUUGCGUAAACGGCGACGUUGCAAGUGCAUUUGCUUACGCCGUGGCGAACCACGGGCUAGCGAAGGAGGAGGACUACCCGUACACUGGCAGCCAGGGUGCGUGUUGCCAGGGCAUGGGUGCGUUCGGGAGCAUCGAGUUCUUCAAGAAUGUCCCGGCGAACGAUGCAUGGGCCCUCCGCACCGCCGUGGCACGCCAGCCCGUCUCCGCCGUAGUAACUUUCGGCCCGGACUUUGUGCCCGAGCUGAAAAACUACCGCGGCGGGAUUUACCACCCUGGGAAAAGUGGGUAUUGCGGGGAGGGUAUUUUCCACAGUUUGACUGUGGUGGGGUACCAGAGCAACCCCGGGUAUUGGCUCAUCAAGAAUUCGUGGGGGACGUCGUGGGGCGAGGGCGGGUACUUGAGGUUGGCUAGAGACCCCACGGUGGCGGCUCCGGCGCCCCAACCUGCCGCCGCUAGCGCUGGCGGCGAUGACGCAUUCCAAGACCUCCCCGUGGAGGAGCACUUUGAGCGGUGGAUGGUCCUUCACGAGCGGUCUUACGCAGACGAGCUCGAGAAGGAUAAACGGUUCACCAUUUUCAAGCAAAACAGAGAGUACGUCGAGUCAUUCAAUAGAGCCGGAAACCGCACCUUCACGCUCGGCAUCAACGCGUUCUCCGACAUGACCAACGAGGAGUUCGCCGAGGACUACCUCACCAGCUGUUCCAGAGCGGCGGAGCCGCCGUUCCGCAGCCCCGGCGGCCGCCGCGGGAUGCUUGAUAAAGAGCUUUCACCGGAAACAUAUAGUGGGGCCUUUCCUAAUGUGAGUUCGGACGAUCUCCCCCCGUCGAUUAACUGGGUGGACCGAGGCGCCGUCACUCGCGUGAAAAGCCAAGGAGAAAAAUGCGGUUGCUGCUAGGCAUUUUCGGUGGUGGCAGCGGUGGAAGGGCUGAACAAAAUCCAUUACGGGGA